CCCGGAAGUUGUUGCAGGCCGUUACGAAAGCGUAAAGAAGUUGUCAUAUGGGAGAAAGUAACAGUUCACUUGUGUUCUUGUAAACUUUCUAACAUCACCUGUUUGAUGCUCUCAAGCGAGAUGUCUUUCCUGUUGACAGUGCUGGCCGCUGGGCUCGCUGCAUACUUACUGAUUUAUUACUGUUUGUUCAAAGGAGCCCGAUUUAAGAGCAACGUGACGUUAAAGGGGAAGACAGCAAUUGUUACAGGGAGUAAUACUGGCAUUGGCAAAACCACAGCUAUGGAUCUGGCCAAGAGAGGGGCCAGAGUGAUCCUCGCCUGCCGAAACCAUCAGAGAGCUGAAGCUGCAGUGUAUGACAUAAGAAGGGAGAGCGGGAACUCUGAGGUGUUGUACAUGCAUUUGGAUUUGGCCAGUUUGAAGUCUGUGCACAAUUUUGCUGAGACUUUUCUGAAGAGUGAGCCGAGGCUUGACUUGCUCAUCAAUAAUGCAGGUCUAAUUGGAUCAGGCAGAACAGAAGAUGGCUUUGGCAUGGCGUUUGGCGUGAACUACCUGGGUCACUUUUUGCUGACCCUGUUGCUGUUGGAUCGUCUAAAGGAAGCAGAGAACAGCCGUGUAGUCAACGUGUCUGCCUUGCUUCAUCGGCUGGGGUCUAUAGAUUUCAACCUCCUCAAAACGCACAAGGAUCUGGUCACGGGCCAAUCAUACUGGCACUCGUUCAGAGCCUACUGUCACAGCAAAUUGUGUAAUGUGCUUUUUACCCGAGAGCUUGCAAGCCGCUUGGAGGGGACCAAUGUCACCUGCUAUUGUCUGCAUCCAGGUGUAAUAUCCACUGAGAUCGGACGGAACAUGGGCUUGUUGGCGAAGCUGCUUUCUGUGCCCAUGUCUAAGCUGUUUUUCCUGAGUCCAGAGGGAGGUGCACAAACCACACUUUACUGUGCUUUGCAAGAGGGUCUUGAGUCUCUGAGUGGACGGUACUUCUCCUGCUGUGCUCUGCAGGGUGUUAGUAAGCUGGGACGGGAUGAUGCACUGGCCAAGAAGCUUUGGGAAGUGAGUGAGAGGUUGUGUGGACUUCAGUGAAGGAGCUCAUGCAGGUUUGUGGAGUAAUCGAACUGUAACUGAGGAAAGGAGAAACCAACAACAGCCUUAUGAGUGUUAGCUGCUGAACUCUCUUUAGUGUUCUUCAGGUAAUUCACUCGUGGUGUUACAGGUACAGUCUAUUUGAAGGGGCUCUUAAAAAAUACUGUUGCCUUAUAUGAACAUGCUGAGGUAACAACAUUGUUUGGAGAACAAUUAACCACAGGAUCCUUUAAUAUGUUUUUAAUCUGUUAUGUUAAUUUGCAUAAUUAAGCACUUUAACAAUUAAAUGCAUACUAAAUUACUCUACACCUCUAUUUGUUUUCAUCAAAAUAUUGGAGGUGAAGUAGAGUUGCAAUUUGUAUUUACUCUCUGAGUAGAAACGUUAAAAGUGGUGAUAGACCAAUAUAUCGACCAGAGUAGACCAAAAAAUUGGCCAAUAUUUCAUAAUUUUUAGAUUAUCAGCAUCUGCCAAUAAUCCUAUUUGGUUUUCUGAUAAAUAGAAGUGCUAGUUUUCUCUUGUGUCAGUUAUACUUGUUAAUAGUUUUCUAUUUUCAGAUAUUUUUAGUUAUUUGAUCUAAUUGAAGUUUUUAUUAAAUCUAAGCAUUUUAUUUACCAUCAUUAAAUUGAAUUAUGUAUAAUAUAUAAGCAAGAUAUCUGCCAUUCUGUACUCUAGAUUUUAGCAUCUGCCAUUGACAAGCUUCAUCAGUCAACCUCUAGUUAAAGGAAAUGCAAAAAAAUCUAGUUAAAAGAAAGUAAAUUCCUCUUUUUUUAUAAAGGUCUUAUAUUAAACUUUUAUCAUGAAUUUACAAUGUUAUAUAUAUAAUAUGAAAAAUAAAGAUACUAUACAUAUAAUUUAAGCUGUGGAUUUUUUACAAUAUGUUUUCAUAUCAUCAGUCUCUUUGGACCUAAAUGGAAAUC